GAUGCCAUAGAAUUUGUAUAGUUGCAGACUUAGUUAAAAUGUACCGUCAAGUGGUUGUCAACGAGCAAGAUACAGAUUUCCAAAGAAUACUAUGGAGAUCAAGUCCACACGAACCUAUUCAACAUUACAAACUACUGAGACUUACCUUUGGAACAUCUUGUGCGCCAUACUUAGCUGUGAAAUCUUUGCAACAACUAGCAAAAGAUGAGCAAACAAAAUAUCCACUUGCGGCAUUAAUCACACUGCAAGACUAUUAUAUGGACGAUUUACUUACCGGAUGUGAAACAACAGAGCAAGCUAUGGAGAUAUAUGAGCAAAUGACUAAUUUAAUGAGAGCAGGUGGUUUUGAACUUCAAAAAUGGUGCAGCAACAGCGAAGACUUACUGGAACACAUCUGUAAAGAUAAUCAAAGAGACAAUCAGUUAAUACAAUUUAAAUCUAAUGAUAGCAUAAAAGUAUUAGGUCUUACCUGGAACAAAACAAACGAUAAUUUUCAGUAUCAUUUUCAACUACCUAAAAGUACUGAGAAUGGAGAAGACGUAACUAAAAGAAAAGUACUGUCUGAGAUAGCACGUCUUUAUGAUCCUAUGGGCUGGAUAGCAUCCAUCGUCGUUAGAGCGAAGAUUUUUAUACAGAAACUGUGGAUAGCAAAAUUAUCAUGGGAUGAGAGACUCACCCCACAAUUAUUACACGAGUGGCAACAAUUCAAAGAGGACCUACCAAAAUUAGAGAAGAUCGUCAUUCCGAGAUGGUUUCACGUCAGUAUCGGAGAUAAUGUAGAACUACAUACAUUCGCUGAUGCAUCUCAGUCAGCUUAUGCAGCAGCGGUGUAUUUAAAAUCGACCAGCAAAGAUGGUAGCAUCGCCGUCAACCUUGUCACCGCUAAAACGAAGGUAGCGCCAGUGGAGAAGAAGAUAUCAAUUCCACGCCUGGAACUGUGUGCAGCGCUACUAGCUGCAAAAUUAGUAUACGAAGUGUCCCAAGUCAUGAACAUUCCUAAGAGUAAAAUAUACGCGUGGUCUGAUAGCACGAUAGUUUUGGCAUGGAUAGCAGGAGAGCCGAGUCGAUGGACGACUUUCGUGAGCAAUAGAACAUCUGAGAUCCUUACCAUGCUGGAACCAGAGCAGUGGAGACACGUAGCUACAGAUCAAAAUCCAGCUGAUAGCGCGUCUAGAGGACUGAAAGUAACAGAGUUAAUAGGUAACAAAUUGUGGUGGCAUGGUCCAAAUUGGCUACAUCAAGAAACUUAUGAACAGAACACAAGCAAUAAUUUUGAGACUACAGAAGAAGCAAAACCAAUUAAAGCACUAACUACUACUACUACUACUAAAGAUCAGGAAGAAUUUAUUUGGACGAGAUUUUCAACAUUACCUAAAAUGCUAAAGGUGUUGUCUUAUUGCAAAAAGUUUUUAUAUUUGAGACUACCAAAGGAACAACGAAAUAUUUCAUUCAAAAUUGUGAGUCGAGAGGAAACAGAGGCUAUAUUAAAAUAUUGUAUAAAAGAGACACAGAAGAUGUAUUUCGAAGAUGACAUUAAUCGUUUAAGAGCGGGGCAAAGUGUAUCACAGAAGAGUCAACUACUUAGAGAUUUGUGUCUAGAAGAGGAUAUUGUGAAACGUUAUAUUCAGACAACGGAACAAAUUUUAUCGGCGCAGAUAGAGAACUAGGAGAAAUGUUUAACAGAGCAAAAUCUAAAUUACCUGACGAACUUCAGCAUCUUCUAGCAAACGAGGGAACGGCAUGGAAGUACAGCCCACCGCAUGGACCGAACAUCGGAGGACUAUGGGAAGCUGGUGUUCGCUCAACAAAAAUGCACCUGAAAAGAAUAAUCGGAGAUUCUACACUUACCUUUGAAGAGCUUACGACGGUCUUGACGCAAAUAGAGGCCUGUCUUAA